CCGUGUCUGUGGCUUUUUGGAACUCCCGAAAGAACCUUCGUUUCUUCACACUGUUCUCCUCUCUGCAAUCGCUGUGCAUCUCUUCUUUGCUUUCCUAUUUAUCUUCUUGUCUUUGUCAUUCAUUCUCUGUUCCAUGAUUGCCGCCACUCCUCCGCUGCGAACCGCGUCAUCGUCGUCGUCAUCGUCGUCUUCGUUGCUGUCAUCGUCGCCGGGUUCAGCGUUCUGUAGUCCGAUCCGCCGUGAAUUGGCCUUCGUCUUCAACUUAGGGUUCCCAUUUUUGAGCCCGAGGCCGCUUGCGCUGUCGGCGAGCUCGAGCAGGAUGGAGUUGGUGAGGAAGAUGGGAGGGGGCUGCUUCAGGAGCAACCAGAGCAUGGGCGUCAUUAAGGUUGAGGCCGAUGGUGGCGGAGAGGACGUUUUUAACGCUGCGCCGUGGGCGGACCCGGACCACCUCGUCAUCAUGGUUAAUGGCCUCGUUGGGAGUGCUGCAGAUUGGAGAUAUGCUGCAGAGCAGUUUGUGAAGAAGCUUCCUGAUAAAGUAUUUGUGCACCGCAGUGAAUGCAAUUCUUCCAGAUUGACAUUUGAUGGAGUCGACAGGAUGGGUGAGAGGCUAGCUGAAGAGGUGUUGGCUGUUGUGAGAAAAAGGCCUGAGGUGCGGAAGAUCUCUUUUGUGGCACACUCUUUAGGGGGCCUUAUUGCAAGGUAUGCCAUUGGGAGGCUGUAUGAACAUUCCCCGAAACUGGAACCUGCAGGUCUUACUGGAAACUCUUUAAGUGAAGAGAACAAGAAAUAUUUGGUGCAAGGCCAUGAGCAGCCUCAUGAAGCUAAAAUUGCUGGAUUGGAGCCCAUGAACUUUAUAACAUUUGCAACACCACAUCUUGGUUCAAGGGGACAUAAACAGCUUCCAUUUCUCUGUGGUCUUCCUUUUCUUGAGAGGAGAGCAUCUCAGACGGCACACUUGAUUGCUGGGAGGUCUGGGAAGCAUCUCUUCCUUACUGACAAUGAUGAUGGAAAGCGUCCUCUUCUCCUUCGAAUGGUUAAAGACUCCGAGGACCUAAAAUUUAUAUCAGCUUUAUGCGCAUUCAAGCGUCGUGUUGCAUACGCAAAUGCAAAUUAUGAUCAUAUGGUUGGCUGGAGAACAUCAUCAAUCCGGCGUCAAAAUGAACUUCCAAAGUCUAAUCUUCUUGUAAUAGAUGAGAAAUAUCCACAUAUCGUAUAUGUUGAGCAAGAAAGCAUGGAUGAUAUUCAUCGCAAAGAAUCUUUAGUUGUUGGAGGCCAAACAAUGGACAUAGAAGAGGAGAUGAUCAGAGGUCUCACUCAGGUACCUUGGGAACGUGUGGAUGUUAGCUUUCACAAAAGUAGGCAGCGAUACAUUGCUCACAACACCAUUCAGGUGAAGAGCUAUUGGUUGAAUUCGGAUGGGGCAGAUGUGGUUUUCCAUAUGAUCGAUAACUUCCUUCUCUAGUCCUUCUACAAGCUUGGGUUGAUGAUCUGACAAUUGGUUAGAUUGCAUCUAUAUUUAGAGUACCUUGCAAAUUGUUACACUAGCAGAUCUUGUGUAUAUUUCUUGCCAAUUUGGGUAGAUUAGGAGUUUUAUAGAAUUGUUGCUUCCUAUUUCCUACUAGGUUUGUUUGUAUGCAUAUUUUAUUUGAAUUAGCUUUUCAUUUGUAAUUAUACAUCUACUUUAUUUUUUAAUCAAUGAAAUAGAACGUAAUUUUUUUUUUU